AUGCAGAUCUGUUUGUGGACACCUUGUUCGGAUCAUUGGCUCAGGAAAGAAGGAACUGACCCUAGCUACUCCAUACCCGCAAGCAAAGCGAUUGCAUGGUUUGAGUUGCUGACGCGGUGGAUCGAUGCAGCGUAUGACCAGAUCCAGGCAGAGAUCGAAGCUAUCACCGAGCAGCUUCCAGAAGACAAUGUGGCCAAACCAUGUGCAGAUAUGGCUCUAAUGGAUCCACCGGAGCCACUGUCAUUGGAUGCCAGAGAUGAGCAGGCUGGUCUCAUUGUAUCAGAGUUGAAGGCUGGAAAGUUCUCCAACGUGGUGGUCAUGGCAGGUGCGGGCAUUUCCGUUUCUGCCAACCUACCAGAUUUUCGUUCCAAGGGUGGACUUUACGAUCAGCUACGCCACACCACCAAUAUUACCUCGCCAGAGACCAUCUUCACAAGUGGCCUUCUGAACAAAAACCCCGAGCUGUUCAACCAGGUCAUGCAAAAACUUCGUGUAGAUGGUGUUGAGCCAACACUGACCCAUGCGUUCCUCAAGCUACUCGAGAAGAAGAAGAUAUUGAAAAGGCUUUACACUCAAAACAUAGACAGCCUCGAGCGGAAAGUUGGCAUCCAAGAGGCAAACCUCAUCGAAUGCCAUGGGACUACGGCACGGUCCAAGUGUCAGGAAUGCCGGAAGGUGUACAGCAAAGAGGACUAUUUUGACUGGAAGGGUGAAGGUGUUCCUCGCUGCCACUGUGGUGGCUUGCUACGUCCUGACAUAGUCCUUUUUGGCGAGCCUUUGCCCACAAGUUUUCAAACGUCAUCUACUCCAGAUUUCCAGGAAGUUUUCCUGCAAGGGGACUGUGACACGAGCAUACGCUGGCUUGCCUCCGAAUUGGGAUGGAGCAAACAACUUGAAGAAAUCAGACAACCAGGUCGAGAAAUUAUUUCCACUUAA